UCGACGACACCACAAUCCGAGAUGGCCGACAAACCUACAACGAAGAAGUUCGGCAAGGGCGAGCGGUCGAUACCGCACGCGUCUCAGAAGGCUAGCAAGUACUAUCCUGCUGAGGACGUCGCUGUCCCGAGGAAGGCUCGCAAGUCCAUUCGCCCGACCAAGGUUCGCCCGUCUCUCCAGCCCGGCACCGUCGUCAUCCUCCUCGCUGGUCGCUUCCGCGGUAAGCGUGUCGUCCUCCUCAAACACCUCGACCAGGGCGUUCUCCUUGUCACCGGCCCGUUCAAAAUCAAUGGCGUCCCCCUGCGAAGGGUAAACGCCCGAUAUGUUAUCGCGACAUCGACUAAGGUGGACUUGAGCGGUGUGGAUGAUGGUGUCAUGAAGAAGGCGAGCGAGGCAGGCUUCUUCACCAAGGACAAGCCGACCAAGAAGCCGGGAGAAGAUGCUUUCUUCAAGCAGGGCGAGAAGCCUGAGAAGAAAGAGACCUCGAAGGACCGCGUGGAGGACCAGAAGGCCGUUGACAAGGCGCUCAUCGCCAACAUCAAGAAGGAGGCUCACCUACUCGACUACCUCAGCGCCAGCUUCAGCCUCCGCAAGUCGGACAGGCCACACACGAUGGUCUUCUAGAUGGGGGAUAGACGGGCAUUUGGCGUUCAGUGCAUGGGAUGAAGGACGACUCCGGCACGCCGCAGCCGAAAUAGCAGGCACUUCUUUUCAUGGAGGGUCCGAUUUGCAUUUUCUUCUACGACCUUGUAACAGGCAAGCGAAUUCGAAACGGUCCAAAAGUGAAUGUCCGGCACGGUGCUUGCUGUGAUGUCAUGCCGACGGCAACAAUGACUCAAUAUUCAGGCAUGCCAGGAAAGCUGAUCACCUGUAAUAGACCUGAUAUUCCUCCAAAUACUUGUGCCGCGACUACGGCAGAACGAAUGAGAUGUGAGGGUAUCAUAGAAAAUAUCACUCAGAAAGAAUCAGCCGGACCGCGCGCCCAGGCCUAUCAUACCCCCCACACUGUGAAGAUAUUCCCUCCAGCACCGUUCAUUUC